AUGUUCACACCCGCUGCUUGGCUGGCCCUCGGGCUUGCAGCAUCUUCCAAGCUGGCUGCUGCCCAGCAGGCAGGUUCCUUCGCUCAGGUUGGCAACACACAAGUUAGCGCCAUGAUGAUGUUCCUUGGCAACGAGGAGAAGGUCUACAUUCUCGACAAAACGGAGGGCAACGCUGCUCAAAUAGAUGGCCACCCUGCUUGGGGCGCUGCAUGGGAUGUCAAUACUCACUCGGCCCAGGUGAUGGAAGUUUUGACCAAUUCCUUCUGCGCUUCUGGUAUGCACCUACCAAAUGGCUCGUACGCGACAUUUGGCGGCAACAAUGCAAUUGGCCCCCUUGGUUCCACUGGCAAUGUUGGUGCAGGCGCAUAUGAUUCGACCUAUGGAGAUUAUGACGGAAGAAAGUCUAUUCGUAUCCUCAAUCCUUGCACAAGUGCCGAUGACAUGUCGAGCGCUCAAUGUCAAUGGUUCGAUAACGCCACUGUUCUGUCUAUGCAGAAACUACGGUGGUACUCCGCCGCUGAGGCUCUUGGUGAUGGUAGUAUUGCAUUGAUCGGCGGUUUCGUCAGUGGUGGUUACAUCAACCGGAAUUACCCUAACACGGACCCAGAAUAUGAAGGUGGUGCAGCUGAACCAACGUAUGAGUUCUUCCCUUCGAAGGGACCUGCAACUGUCAUGAACUUCAUGAUCACUACUUCCGGUCUUAAUUCCUACGCGCAUACUUACCUCAUGCCUUCUGGCAACAUGCUCAUCCAGGCCAAUAUCUCCACUGUCCUCUGGAAUCCUGAGACCAACGUUGAAACACCUCUUCCCAACAUGCCAGGCGGUGUCGCUCGUGUUUACCCUGCUUCUGGCGCCGUUGCCAUGUUACCCCUCACUCCCGCCAAUAACUAUACUCCUACUGUCAUCUUUUGUGGCGGCUCUGACAUGCCCGACGAGUAUUGGGGUGACUACAAUUACCCCAACUAUAACACCUGGACCUACCCUGCUUCCAAGGACUGUCAGCGCCUGACUCCAGAACCCACAGAUGGCUCUUCUCCUGUUUAUGUCUCAGACGAUGACAUGCUCGAGGGCCGCACCAUGGGUCAGUUCAUCAUCCUUCCAGACGGUACCCUUUUGGUUAUCAAUGGUGGUGAAAAUGGUACUGCUGGCUAUGCUCAGGCUACUGGUCAGACCCCUAGCUAUAGCCUCAUGCCCUACGGCGAGUCGUUGGCCUCUGGCCCUGUCGGAACUCCUGCCAUCUACAACCCGAAUUUGCCCGCAGGCAGCCGCUGGUCGAACGCCGGUCUGAGUAACACGAACAUUGCACGUCUGUACCACUCUAGUGCCUUGAUCAUGCCUGACGCUACCGUCAUGAUCGCCGGAUCCAACCCUAACGUCGAUGUCAACCUCACCACCAUUUUCCCCACAACCUACACUGCGGAGAUUUUCUAUCCACCCUACUUUAGCGCCAGUAAACGCCCAACUUUCUCUGGUGCACCGCAAACUCUCUCUUACGGUGGUAGCUCCUUCGACCUUACCGUUCCUUCAGGCGUGUACAGUGGCUCUAGCAACGCUGCUGCUGCAAAUACAACUGUCGUUCUGUUGCGUGGCGGUUUCACUACGCACGCCAUGAACAUGGGUCAAAGGUACCUGCAGCUCAACAACACGUACACCGUCAACAGUAACGAUUCAAUCACCCUUCAUGUGGCUCAAGUUCCGCCAAACCCCAAUAUCUUCACUCCCGGACCUGCUCUCAUGUUCGUCGUGAUCAACGGUAUUCCCAGUAACGGAACGAUGGUUAUUGUUGGCAACGGUCAAGUCGGGGUGCAACCCACGCAAGCUGCUACUGUUCUCCCCGUUUCUGCUCAAAAUCCCUCAGGCUCAAGCUCGGGCUCGGGUAGCAGCUCUUCGACAAACAGUGCAUCAGGGAGCAGUCACACUGGUGCCAUCGUUGGUGCUGUGAUCGGAGCGAUUGCUGUUAUUGGUAUUCUCGGUGCGCUCUUUGGUAUUUUUGUGGCUCGACGUCGGCGCGCCGCCAGCCGCCAGCAUCCUGCGGCUGCGUAUGCCAUGAAAGCCACAGGUGACGGGUAUGGUAGCGGCGCGUCCCGCGGAAGAGCCACCGAUGAUCGAGUACGUCAUUCUGACUCGAGUGCGUUUGUCCCGUUGCAACAGGAUAAUUCAAGCACCUCGUGGAAUGCGAGUAACACCAGUCUGCAUUCACCGUAUCGGGAUACGUAUGGGAGAGAGGGAGCAGAUUAUGACCCGUAUAAUUCAGAUGGCGCAGUGCAACAUAGCAGUGGACAGCGGUUAUGA